GAGGUUGGCAGUAUGAGCUCAUGUCUAAACCAAUCCUCCGUGGAGGUUGGCAGUAUGAGCUCAUGUCUAAACCAAUCCUCCAUGGAGGUGGGCAGUAUGAGCUCAUGUCUAAACCAAUCCUCCAUGGAGGUUGGCAGUAUGAGCUCAUGUCUAAACCAAUCCUCCGUGGAGGUUGGCAGUAUGAGCUCAUGUCUAAACCAAUCCUCCAUGGAGGUGGGCAGUAUGAGCUCAUGUCUAAACCAAUCCUCCAUGGAGGUUGGCAGUAUGAGCUCAUGUCUAAACCAAUCCUCCGUGGAGGUUGGCAGUAUGAGCUCAUGUCUCAACCAAUCCUCCGUGGAGGUUGGCAGUAUGAGCUCAUGUCUAAACCAAUCCUCCAUGGAGGUGGGCAGUAUGAGCUCAUGUCUAAACCAAUCCUCCAUGGAGGUUGGCAGUAUGAGCUCAUGUCUCAACCAAUCCUCCGUGGAGGUUGGCAGUAUGAGCUCAUGUCUAAACCAAUCCUCCAUGGAGGUGGGCAGUAUGAGCUCAUGUCUAAACCAAUCCUCCAUGGAGGUUGGCAGUAUGAGCUCAUGUCUAAACCAAUCCUCCAUGGAGGUGGGCAGUAUGAGUUUAUGUCUAAACCAAUCCUCCGUGGAGGUGGGCAGUAUGAGCUCAUGUCUCAACCAAUCCUCCAUAGAGGUGGGCAGUAUGAGCUCAUGUCUCAACCAAUCCUCCAUAGAGGUGGGCAGUAUGAGCUCAUGUCUAAACCAAUCCUCCAUAGAGGUGGGCAGUAUGAGCUCAUGUCUAAACCAAUCCUCCAUAGAGGUGGGCAGUAUGAGCUCAUAUCUAAACCAAUCCUCCAUAGAGGUGGGCAGUAUGAGCUCAUGUCUAAACCAAUCCUCCAUAGAGGUGGGCAGUAUGAGCUCAUGUCUAAACCAAUCCUCCAUAGAGGUGGGCAGUAUGAGCUCAUGUCUAAACCAAUCCUCCAUAGAGAUGGGCAGUAUGAGUUCAUGUCUAAACCAAUUCUCCAUGGAGGUGGGCAGUAUGAGUUCAUGUCUAAACCAAUCCUCCAUAGAGGUGGGCAGUAUGAGCUCAUGUCUAAACCAAUCCUCCAUAGAGGUGGGCAGUAUGAGCUCAUGUCUAAACCAAUCCUCCAUAGAGAUGGGCAGUAUGAGUUCAUGUCUAAACCAAUUCUCCAUGGAGGUGGGCAGUAUGAGUUCAUGUCUAAACCAAUCCUCCAUGGAGGUUGGCAGUAUGAGCUCAUGUCUAAACCAAUCCUCCGUGGAGGUUGGCAGUAUGAGCUCAUGUCUAAACCAAUCCUCCAUGGAGGUGGGCAGUGUGAGUUUAUGUCUAAACCAAUCCUCCAUGGAGGUGGGCAGUAUGAGUUUAUGUCUAAACCAACCCUCCAUGGAGAUUUGAAGGAUACCUGACUAAUAGAUCUAGUAAUAUUUCAGUGAAGGGUUGAAAAACUUCGGUAACUUUCCU